AUGGAUAUUGGUUUGGAAAAUAGAAAUGAAAAUCAGUCUGAUACAACUACAAUUCAACUUCAUAGAGGAGAACCAGAUGAAACUAUGAUACCAUUUGAUCUUAUAUCAAAAGCAUCACAGGAAAUUUUAACUGAUGAAAAAGGUAAACAUGAACGAACAUAUUGGGCUUAUGCACCAGAUGAAGGUAAUAUGGAAUUACGUCAUCAUAUUGUUAAUUUACUUCGUCAAACAUCUGCUAUUUCAACAUUAAGUUAUGAAAACAUAUUUAUAACAAAUGGUAUUUCAGCUAUACUCGAUCAGAUUUGUACAAUGUUUCUUCGUGCAGGUGAUACGAUACUUGUUGAAUGUCCAACAUAUUUAUAUGCUUUACAAAUUUUUCGUGAUCAUCAUUUACAUAUAAUUUCUUAUACAGUCGAUGAUGAUGGUUUGAUAAUUGAUUCCAAAUUUAUAAAUGAAGUACUUGAACGGGCUAAACCAAAAAUGAUUUAUCUUGUACCUACAUUCCAAAAUCCUGCUGGUUUUACAAUGUCACAUCAUCGUCGUGAACAAUUGGUACAAUUAAGUUUAAAAUAUCAUUUUUUAAUUUUAGCUGAUGAAGCUUAUCAUUUUCUUGAUUAUGAAAAAAAAGAUGAAAAUGAUAAUGAACAAAAUGAUGAAAAAUUAAUUGAACAUCCAAAAUCAUUUGCUAGUUAUCAUGCUGCUGGAACAGUUAUAGCACUUCAUUCAUUUUCAAAAAUUCUUACACCUGCUUUACGUUUAGGUUUUGUAUGUGCAAGUCAUGAACAUGUUAUUGCAAUGGGUCAUUAUGGUUUAAUACAUAGUGGUGGAGGUGCAAAUCCUUUUAUAUCAGGUAUUGUUGAUCGUAUAUUAGCUGAAGGUUCAUUAAAACAAUUUAUUGAUGAAAAAUUAUGUAUUGAAUAUGGAAAACGUAUGAGAGUUUUAUAUAAUGAAUUAAUGAGAACAUUCGGAGAGAAAUAUAUAAGUUGUCGACGUCCAUCAGGUGGUUAUUUUCUUUGGGUAAAAUUUAAUGAUACAACUGUUGAUUGUGAUCAAUUAUUAAGUAUUGCUCGUAAAUAUGGUGUUACAUUUAAAUCAGGACGAUUAUUUGCACAUGAUGAAGAAGCUAAAGCACAAUUAGCAAAUUGUCUUCGUCUUUGUUUUGCUAUUGUUGAUUGUGAACAAUUAAGAGAAGGAUGUGCAAGAUUAAAACAAGCUUUUGAAGAAUAUAAGAACAUUACAUUAUAA